CCAACGCGAGGUGCAGCCAUGGCCAAACAAAGUUAAAUAAUGACAGCCAUGCUCACUGUCGUUGCUGUAUUUCUAUACAUUGUGUUUAUCCAAACCUAACACCACGCGUCUCACGAGCGUCUUCCUUCAUUAGUGCAGCUGGUGAUAUCCUUGGCCCCGGCUGGCUCUCCUGCGCUGUCGGUCACGCGCGCACACGUGCACAUACGCACACUCGCAGCUGAGCAUCACGAGAGGUAGAAGCGGCGGCAGCGACAGCUAAAACGGUUUCGGCAGGAAGGGGCGACGGGCUGUGACUGGAUGCUUAGUCACAUUUGGCUUUGACCAGGGAGGCGAAGGAUGGAGCGGGUGGAGGAGAAACACUGAGGCGGGUCGGCGGGUGAAGAUACAGGAAGAAAGCAGGGGGGCAUCGCUAAAUCCGGAGUAGAUGAUGCUUAUUUGCCGCAGGCCCCGCCAUCGUGAAAUUGGAUACCGACUUGCGGCGGAUGGGGUGACCGAGCUCGCUGCUCCGCCGGGGAGGUCCCUUCCUUCGGACGUUACCGGGGUGGGAGCUGCCUGUGCCCGGUUCUAAGGAAGGAAGGAGUGGCAAGAGGGAAAAUGCAGACGGAGGAGGAGACGGCCACCGCAGAAGAGCCCAUUUUGGAGGAAGGGUCAGGACGAGAGCAGCAAAGGCCAGUCCAGCAGUCUCUGGCCUCCUCCCUGUGUCGGGAGUCCCAUUGGAAGUGCCUCCUCCUGACCCUCCUCAUGUACGGCUGCUUUGCCACACUGGCCUGGUGCGCUCUCUGUCGCGUGCCCGUCCUCGGCUCCUCCAUUCCUCUCGGUGCUGACGACGAAGCCACCUCGGCGGCCUACUACAAUGGCAUCCUGCCCCUGGACAGUCCGUGCUCCAGCGGCUACGUCUACAUCCCCCUGGCCUUCCUGGCAAUGCUGUAUGUGGUUUACUUGGUGGAGUGCUGGCACUGCUUCUCCAAGACAGCACUGUUGGCUCACGCUGAAUUCCAGGAAGUGUACGAGCGUGUGCAGAGGCUUCAGCAAGCCACACCCUGCAUUUGGUGGAAGGCCAUCAGCUAUCACUACGUGAGGAGGACCAGACAGGUGACAAGAUACCGCAACGGAGAUGCAUAUACAACCACACAGGUCUACCAUGAGCGGGUGAACACUCACGCUUCCAGUUCAGAGUUUGACUACGCCCGCUACGGUGUCAAAGACGUAUCAAAGGAGCUGUUGGACCUGCAACUGCACCCUGCUGUCCGCCUCCGUUUCACCAAGUGUUUCAGCUUUUCCAGUGCACGUGCUGAAGCUGCCUACCUCACCCAGCGAGCGCGCUUCUUCGGGGAGAACGAGGGGCUUGACGACUACAUGGAGGCCAGGGAGGGAAUGCACCUUAAGAACGUGGAUUUCCGCGAACACAUCCUGGCGUUCCCAGAUCCUGCUCACCAGCCCUGGUUUUCCAGGCACAGGGUGUUCUGGCUGGCUUCUGCUUUCCUCCUGUCAUGGCCGCUGCGGGUUGUGUCAGAAUAUCGCACAGCAUAUGUCCACUACCAUGUGGAGAAGCUGUUCGGGGAGGAUGAGGAUAGUGGCGGAGGAGGCGGUGGAGGCGGGCCGGGUGGAGGAAGAGGGGACGGGGUUGGGGGAGGGACCGAGAAUGGAAUCCACCCCGGAGGAAUCGGGAUUGGAAUUGGUCUAAAUGGGACAAGUUACAGAGCCAUCUCUCGGGUCAACACGGUGGACAUGACAGAAUUGGAGUGGCACAUCCGCUGUAACCAACAGAUGGUCCCGAGCUACUCUGAGGCCCUCCUUAUGGACUUGGACAUGAGUGGGGGGACAAACCCUACCGCCUCUACGCCCAUCUCUGGGCCUACAGUCUCCACCCCCAGCCAGGGGCCCAACCCACCUCCUCUAGCUCUGCCUGUUGUGUUUAACUCGGCUUACCUCCUCCAGAGCUGCCCCCGAUGCCGAAGGACCACGUCAAGUUCCAGUCUUCCUUCCAGGCUAAGGGCCCCCAUGGGAACCACAGCCCUCCUGAAUGCUACAGUGGCAGGGAUCAGAGCAGCGGGGCAGGGAGGUGGGGGUAUAGGAGGAAGGUUGGUGCUCAGUCGGAGCGGAUUCUCCCUGGGGAGACUUGGAGCUGGGCGCCAGAACAGCCUGUUUCAUUCAAGGAGCAUGGGAGGAGGGCUGGGAGGAAGUAGGGAAGAUGGAGGAGGAGGAGGUGGUGGAUUCCUUGGAUUAGGUUCAAGACAGGACAACGAGGAGACCAGAGGAGUGCUGGAAGGAGAAGGGGACGACGAUGAGGAAGAAGAGCAGCAGGAGGAGGAGGAGGAGGUGAGGAGAAGGGAACAGGGAAGAGGAGGCAGAGAGAGGGAUGAAGAAGCAGAGCAAGAGAGUGGAGGGGGUGGCGAGUUAAGAGAUGGUGAGGUGGUAGGGAGGGAUCGUCCUCCAUCCUACCAGGACGCAUUCUUCUUUCCUGUCCUCAUCAUACACGGAGAGGAGAGCUGCCAUGCUGGAGACGACAUGUGACAAUUCGGAAAAAAAACAUAUUAAGAGCAAGAAAGUCUGGGCAGAGGCCGAGGGAGAUGAAAGAAUGCACUGAACAAAGAAAAGGUUGGAUCAGUGAGAAGUGGAUGAGGGAAAAUGAGAUGAUAGACCUGAGGAAUGAAUGGAAUGAGAACAGAAUGAGGUCGAAAGAAAAGAGUUGGUUGACAGCAUACCAACCGCAGAAAGAAGAAAGGAUGCAGGCAGAACAAAGCGUAAGAGGUAAGAACAGCUGUAUGACAGACAUAUUGCCACAGAAAGAGGGAAAGGGGGGAAAGAUGAAAAGAAGGAUGGUUAGAGAAUGUACUGUACGAGGGGAGGAGGACAAACAGAGCAAGUGGACUGCUGCAGGAGUUUUGAACAGAUAUAGUGCCUACUGUAAAAUGGCAGGAAACACUGAUUCAGACGGUGACGAGAGCCGAUAGGGAGUGCAGCAGCAAGAUGGUGUGGAGUCUGAGAACAUGAGUGAAGGCAAGAGAAUGCUCGCAGUCCUAGACUUUGCUACACAGAGAUUGUAUGAGAGAUGGGAUACUUGGGAGGAACGGAAGACUGAAAACACGGGGAAGUCUAUUUCCAGAUAUAUCUAUGCAAGGACAGGAGUGGGUGGAGUAACAGGUCUAAAGAUAGCAGAUUGGAGAGCAGUGGAGAGACUCCAAACCAGCUGAGUGGUAGUGGGUAUUUUUUCAAAAAGAAAGAAAAGUGGAGGAACUGCAAAAGGAUAUUUUGAGGGCUUGAAGCUUCGGUUUUGCUAAAAUCAAAAUAUCUGGAGGCAGACUAAAAAUCUGACUCAUGAAAGGGAUGGAUGGAGUUUUUGAAGAGGGGUUGUAUGAGGUACUUAUUUAUAGUUAGGUCAGCAGCCUCAGUUAGGAGAAGCGGGAGUACCUACACAGACGCUAUAGCAAUGUAACUUCCUGAUAUGGAGAAGGGUAACAGCAAAAUGUAUUUUAGUCUUCUAAAAAAAUCAGUUUAAGUGUAUGCUAUAUUGAUAAAAUUUUCACUACUUAAAGUUGCCAUCAGACAGCCCUUUCCAACAGGGAACUGAAGCAGUUAUUAAUACUCUCCUCAAAGCUACCAGACGUCUUUGACAAAAACAGUAAUUGUACCUCACAGAACACGGGAGCUGCUGGUUUACUGCUAUAUUAAUUGGCAGGUGUGUUUGUGUAGGGCUUGGCGAUUUAAUGACUGUGUACGAUAAAUCAAUAUAUUUUAAAGCAAUAUAUAGAAUUAGACAGGACCAUUUAUAUCGAUAUAGAACUGUUUCAAACUACAAUGGAUUUUGGCCUACUUUUACACUCGCGUUAUAGUUUUGUGGCCUGUGCUGCAAACCUUUAAACCUUUAGCUCCACUGCUAUGUGCAAAAAGUUAACGUAAAGCGCUACUAUUCAUUUUAUAUCAUUUUUCAUUCACGUUGCGCAGCUGUAUAUUUUCAAACAGCGAAAAAAAUCCUCGUCUUUGCAUUUUAUUUUGAUCACAGUCUGUUUUUUAGAAACGUGCUUGUGACAUCUCAAAUGUAGCUUUGACUUCCAACUGAGCAUGUAGCCCAUUUUGUAGAAACUCCCAAGAUAUAUAUCAUGUAUCGCCACUCAGCCUGAAAAUACAGAGAUAUGAAUUUUUGUCCAUAUAACCCAGCCCUAUGUUAUUGUGUGACAUUGGUCUUCCAAAGGGUUAGUUCAGAUAUACCGAGGUCACACAAAAACACGAACAAACUAAGCGAUCAAGGCAGCAGUAGACCAAAAACUUCUUUCUUCUGCAAGGUAAUCUCUAUAAACAGAUUUCUGCAUAUGCAUGCAUUUGAGUAGUAUUGACAAGUCAGGUUUGAAUGGUAGGUAAACAGUCUGUGUGGAGAGGCAGAACACAUUGGCCAAACAGCAAACAUGGAAACUAUCGGCUACCAUCUGACGACUAGUAGCUUCUUUUCUUUUUAUUUAUCUGUUUUGAAAUACGGAUAUCUAUUUAUAAAGAUUAGCUGAAAUGACCGGCACACGAAAGAGUAAGUCUUGUUCUUGACCAAUAUCUGCGGAUUAUACCAGAUCAGCCUGAAAUAUUUCCCUCACCCCCACAGGCUAGACGAUAGCUGAUGGGUUCUGAUUUUGUCUGCAAAGUACUGUCUUUGUGAAAUGAGUGUGGUGGCUUUGAGCAUAAAUAGAACAGCUUCAGUUCUCCAUUGGAAAGUGUUAUCAGACAGCGAUGUUAAGUUUUGAAAUUUUUUAUAGUGUAAACUAAACUAAACUAAACUAAACUAAACUGGUAGUGACUUUUCUUAGGUGGCUAGAAUACAUUUUGCUGAUGACCCUGUCCACAGCAGUACAGCAGUGCCUGCUUCUCUAAACUAGGGCAGGUCGACCGACAACCAAGGUAGAUACACUGACUAUGGAGAAGUGCCUUACACAACCCCACUUCAAAAAAUACAAAUUAUCCCUCCAACAAUAUCAAACACAGAAAGAGGAAAGAAUUCUUAAAUAACUCAGAAGGAGGAGGAAACAGAUGAGCUCACAAACGAUUACAAAAUUCAAUGCAGAGAAGUAAAGUAAAGGGAGAGAAACAGUGAAAUGCUUUUGCCAAGGUAAAAUGUGGAGAGAAAAAAAGGCAACGGAGGAGAGAACAAAAUCCAAGGGUAACGGAGCGCAACACAGAAACAAUAUACAAAGACAAACUGACCAUGACAGACCAGAUUACCCUCAAUCUUGUUUUCCAUUUGACAGAUAAUUCAUGCAUCCUAAUAAAAAAAACAAAACAAAGUUAUCAAAAAGAUCAACUCAAGAGGAGGAGAGAUAAAAAGGAAACCCAGGAUCUAUCACAAAGACAAAACACCUUCUGAGCAGCAACCCUGACCUUGAAUCUAAUCAAACAUUCAAAUAGUUCUCCAAGUAACUUUUUCAAACAGGUCCCUACGAUAAAUUAGGUCUUCUAUAAGUCACUGUACAACUUCACACAGCAUCUGGCUAGCAACCGUAGCAAUAAUUAAAGAGAAGAAGCAUUGAUUUCCUCCCUCCUCUCCUCCAUCUCUUCAUGCAUCCUCUUACUCCUCACUUCCCCAUUAGCUUCCGCUCUACUCUCUAUCCAUUACUGAAAGAGAGCUGAUAGAAAAAAACUUCUCAGCUCCUCUUCUCUCAUGCUGCUGUCCUCCCUCCAUUUUGUCACCUACCCUGUUCACCUUCCUCACCCCUAUCUGCGCUGAAUAUCAUAUGUUACAAAUGCAGAGGUGUAAUUUUGAGUAGCAACACUUAUCGCCUUUAUUAAAACACGACGAUUUAGGUGCUAGGGUUGUUGUUGUUUUGUUUUUUGCAAUUAUCACAUUGUGUGUUAUAAGUGAAGCGAGGGUGUUGUACCAGAAUAGAUCCGCUGCAUCCAUCCACUCCCUCCUCUCUUCCUCUGGCAUCUUCUCUCUUCCGCUCCUCUUUUUAAAGCGGUGGUUGUGUGAUACACCUCGCUCUGCUCCUCAGAUCAGAUUUCAUCUCGACUCACUCCACAUAUCACGUGUCCUCUCGGCAGAUUUCUCCUCCAGGAUCAGAUUCUAUAAACCAGAUAUUUCCCACCUUAUAUGAAGUUUGUUUGUGACCUCUCGCUAUACUGUCAAAGAUACAGAAUGAUCAAAUAACGUAUGUACUUUGAUCAGUGAAUAAAGUAAAAGAAAGGGACAAAUUUGGCCUUAAAAGAUUUUGAAAGGUCGCAAACACACGGUGUGAUUCUCACAAAACGAUGUUUAGCUAAUUUCCACCAGUUAUGCCUGUGUAGUUGUGCUCUAGUUUUGAACAUUUGUACCCAAAGAUAGGCGCAAGAUAAAGAAAAAUAUAACAAUAACCAGUUCCUCCAUACCAAUAUACUAUAUAUCACAAUACUGUAUGUGUUUAGGCAUGAAAAACCACCUCUUUAUCUCAUUUAUGUCCGUAAUAUUGGACUGCAUGGGAAGUUGAGCUGUCAAGCUCAGCAGGCAUUCUCCUAAUAAUAAAAAAAACAUACAAGAUAAAAUCACAGUUUUGAUUGCUUUGAGCAGACAACAAAAUCGCUGAUGAGAAUUUACAAUGUUAAAAUAAAACCAACAAUACCAUCACAAUGAUCAAUAAUGCCCAGCCCUGUGAUAGCAUACGUCUGGCCAGACUGUGGCGUGCUGCUACCUCCUCCUCUUGAAGAAUCACCUGCAAAUAAGUAACAGCUCUCUGAAACAUCGCCUCACUAUAAGAUGUGUAAAAAGGUAGCUGGCAUAGAGAUGCAUGUCACUUAAUAACAGCUGUUGUGCAGGAGCUGCUAAUAGCUAUGUAGCAAAUAUGUUUGCCAUUGCAAAAAUGCAGUGCCAAAAAGCAGUGAUCCAUGAUCAAUCAACACAAAUUUCAAUACAUGUAGACAAGGGCACAGAGAAGAAUCCACAGGGGUUAACUCUCUGUCCCACUUUGUGAGUUGGUAUGUUCUCACGGAAAAUCAGUCCAGGGAGAAACAAUUGGCACAGACAACCAUGAGUGCAUAUAUUUUACAAAGCACACUAAACCUGCUACAGUAGCAAGAAGCAGUUAGAGUAGUUAGCUGAACAUUUCUUAACCUUUCCUGCGUGGUGCCCCUCAGAGGUCACUCCAGCCACUUUGUCAUGUCGGAAGGGUCUCCCUCGUUCUCUAUCUGCUUACUCUGGACACGAUACUGAAAAGCACAUUUAAAGAGUGACACUGGAGAGAAAUCUCUGUCAUGAGGAGUUUCCUGAAAAAACAGCAACCAUGAUAUACUUCAUAUACAAUAGAGAUAACGGACAUGUUAAUGAACAUACACACAGGCACACAAAUACUGUAACAUCAAACAUCCAACCUGGAUUCAGCAGAGACAGCAGGGAACGUUCUUUCAAUGAAACUUUCUGGAAGGAUAAAGUAGAGCACGAGUGCUGACCUGGUUUGGUGUAUGAGAUACACACACAUACACACGCUCGCUCUGACACACAUUCACACACACCAAUUCUGGCUCACGGAUCUUCAGUAGCUUUUCGGGGACAUCAAGCUGAAAGUGGGCGCAAGGAAACAAAUGGACGGAGUAAUUAAAGGAGGAAAACUGACGGAGAGAAUAAACAGGCACAAGGACGAGUGUUUCUAUAUGACUGGAGAACUGGAACAAAGACUUGCUUAAACAACUGUGGAAAGGAAGAAAAUGUGAGAUUAAAAGACAAUUAUUUUUACAGCUAUUUAUCAUUAUUCUCAGUCUCUUGACUUGUGGAUAAAAUUGUCUCCAUUAAUGUCCCUUAACAAAAAGAAGCACUAAAAAGCACUGACCACACUUCUGUGUUAAUUUGAUUGAGUUGCUUUCACUAAUUUGCAGUCACUCAGAUUGUUAUUUGUAUGUAUUUUCAGUCAUACAGCCAGUUAGCCACUUAAAUUUGAAAUUACAUUAAGUGAACUCUGAUUUAAAAUGAGGUUGCUUUUACAUUUCUAUCUAAAUGUUUUGUCACCAAAUGUGACAAAACAAGAAAAUACAAUUCAGUCUGUAAUUUGCUACUUUUAUAUCAUCUGCAUACUUGAGUAGACAUUAUUUCAGGUUGUUUAAGUGAUGUCUAAAAUUCAAUUGCCUUUGUAAGCUUCUGAAAUUUCUCAUGUUUUAGCUGUUUGUUUUUUUUAAUUUUGUUUUUUAUUUUUGUAAAACAGAUGAUGCUCUUGGCCUCCCAAUGAGCUUUGAUCGCAGAGCCUCCGGCUCUAAAUUGUGUAGGGUGCUUGGACCCAGUUAUACUUGCUUGCAAGUCUAGUUUGUUUAUUUAUUUAUUUAUUUUGAACAGACAAGUAUAUUUCACUCAUAUGUGUUGUAACUGGAUAUUUAUACUGUGUUUUAUUAUCUCGGAGUGUGUCAAAAGUGUGUCCUCAGCCGCUUCAGGUGUGCCAAGAGAACUUUGUGCCCAUGAUGUCUUAUACAAACACACACUCAUGCGUGCUUGCAUGUUUAGUCACAGCAGUAAAGCAGCCAUUAUAACAGCUUAUUUUAGACUAGAGUGACAUUAAUCCAAUACCAUAAUAUCCCCCAUACAUGCAGUCUGAACACAAAAUGUGCACACACACACACACACACACACACACACACACACACACACACACACUGAAAGCAUGGAACUGUCCUGCUGUGUUGCCUUUAUGUCCAACGUUGCCAACUUUUUUGCUCAGGAUUUCAGUUUAUGCUGCAUUCCUGUGUCAACACAAGCUGUCUUUAUUCACACAUAAACAUCCGUCAUGCCAAAGCAAGCAAAAAAAUAAAUUAAAAAAAAGCAUCACAGACAGAAUGCCUGAGCUAACACACAUGCACAUAGACGAUAGCAGCUGGUACCGGUGGUCCACACAAUGUGCAAUUGCACAUGAUCUGUGCUGGUGGACUUCUACAGCACCAAACAUUUACACGAGGUGACAAAAGGGUGGAUUUACUCAGGAGCAAAAAAUAAUGGAUGCCUAUUAAGUGAUCUUUAUUUGCAAAAUGCACAGGUGCAGCUCAUGUGUUAAUCCGCCCAGAAUGUGUCUUGUACGUUGAGGUGUGUUUGGUUAAACCAGGCAAGCUGGGUUUUUGUCCACUAGGUGGCAGCAAAGCCUUAUAUAUUGUUAUAAUGCAGAGAUGUGUGGUACUGUUUAUUGAGGGUAAACCAACAGUGAAUCAAACAGGGUAGAAAACUGCUGCUGACCUGCUCUCUGUGGGUUAAAGGGAGACAUAUGUAUUUUUCAACCUGGGCCCUAUUUCCCCAUAUUUUAUGUCUCUGUUACUGAUGAAGGCAACAAUUUUUGAAAAUGAUCCAGUUUUAAGUGUGAGGGGUGCAGCCAGCAGCUGCAAAACAGGUUGCAGUGUAACCACUUGGGGGCAUUUGUGCAGCAUCACUUUACAUCCACUAAAAGUGCUUGCUUUUGGCACUGAUGGGUUCACAUUUUUAAUGUAAGUGUCUGACAGCAUUAUGGAAAGGAUCCCUACAGAGAUAGACCUUUUUGUCGAAAAUGCCAUCGCUAAACUCACCAAACUUCAUUUAAAAAAACUGUAAUUUUAUCAUCAUAAAACACACUUCAGCCGAACUUGACAAAAUGAAAAAAUAAAAGUCACAAAAAGUCUUGAUUCAUCUUUUUACUGUUCCAACAACCACCAACUCUGUCUUGGUUGAAAUUAACCCUGAAUUGACCCAGUUAGAUGUGAAAAUAUGUUGGCUCUGUACAUGCUAAAAUUAGUGUUUAUUUAAAUGGAGUCUGGUGGGUUUGGCGAUUGUGAUUUUGGGGCUGUUUCUGAUAAAACAAAAAGGAUCUUACUCCUUAACAUAAAGGUCUGUUUCUGUAGGAAUCCUUUCCAUAAUGUUGUCACAUACUUGGUACAACAAUCUGAGCCUGUCAGUGGCAAAAACAAGGACUCGUAGUGGACGUAAAUUGACGGUGCACAAGUGCCUCAAGUGGUUACACUGCUGCUUCAUCUUGCUCAAAACCAGACCAAUUUCAAAAAUUGUUUUCUCCAUCAGUUAAUUGGACAGGAAAACAUUGGAAGAUAGGGUCUAGGUUGAAAAAUACCGAACUUCAGUCAGUGAUGUCAAACCAGGUAAUUUGUCUUUGGCAGCUGAUAAAAAGCACCUGCUAUGACGUCACUGAUGGAGAUCUGGGCGUAGGUGCAACAAACCCAAACGUUGAAACCUACAGAGAGCAGUGCAGUCCUAUGUGAUUGUGCGUUUAUCUUCACUGAUCGUAUUAUUUUCCUUUAACUGUGACUGAAUGUGUUGCAAAGCAAUAUCGCCCAUAUCCCUGCUUCGUGGCUGGACGUGUAGAUAUUGCUAAGCGGCUUUCUGAACUUAUAACCACUAGCAAUGGGAGCUUCAGUCACUGAAAUAACAGCACUUUUAGAUAAAUUAGCAUCACGUGACUGAGCCUCCAUUUCCACUGCAUAAGUCAUUAUCUGGCUUUGUCGCUUGAUAUAACACAAACCCCAAAUAAGACGAUAGAAGGGAAGGUGGUUUGGUUUGUGAUCAACAUUUUGUAUUUCCAAAAGACCACUCUGAAAUACACAUCUGUACUCUUGCGCCCACAUAUAGUUUAUUUGUUUUGCGUGGGCACAAAUCUCCACUCUUGCUUCCCACCUUUUAAUCAACUUCACUUGACUAUCUUAUAAAAUGCUCUAGCAAUUAUGACCGAUGUAUUGUUGUCAAUACUGUAACUGUUUCUCUUGUGGUCAUGGGAGGAGUCGAGUAGUCAUACCCAGUUUGUCAAACACUGUAAAAAACAUGUUAAGAAUUGGUUUGACUCGAGAUCACAUGAAUUCCAGCUGCAUUUUCCGUUUUGAUUUUCACUUGGUUAGUCUAAUGUGGAUACGACAAACUAUCAGGUAACAAAUAGAAACUUGUGAUCCAUCGACUGUUUCACACACGGUUAAUGUUAUUUAUACAGAGUAAAAAUUGACCAAAAAUAGACUUCAGGGUAAUCUUUUGACCUCUGACCUCAGACAUUUUAAUGUGGAUUUGCGUGCAUUAACAAGUCUCCCUCAGAAUAGAAGCAGCAGCUCAGUCUGUUAUCCACAGACACACUUGUGCUGCUCUUUUAUUGACGAAUAAUAGCAGUUUUCCAUUGUGCAAAAACUGAAUUGUAGCUACACUGAGCCUUGUAUCUGUGUGAUACAUGUAUCACCGCCCUUUGUUUUUGCACUGGAAUAAUGAGCAGCUGUGUAUUGUUGCCUAUCUCUGAUGCAACAACUUGACGACUGUAUGUAAAAACUCCAAUGCUGAGAAUCACAUUAUUAGAUAUGACUGUAAUGUGUCAGUAAGAACUCGUCUGAGUUUCAAGGGACAGAUCACCCCCAAAUUAAAAAUGCAUAACUUUCUUCUUUACUUUAGUGCAAUUUAUCAAUCUAGAUUGUUUUGGUGUGAGUUGCAGAGUGUUAGAUUUAUCGGCCGUAGAGACGUCUGCCUUUUCUCUAAUAUAAUGGAACUAGAUGGUACUUGGCUUGUG